AUGGUGCCUUAUGAGGAUCUUGACCGAAGACUCGAGUCCAUCGACCAUGCCCUACGUCGAGAUGGCUUACAACCCAGGAAGCCCAUCAAGCGCCUGCACACAUCAGAGGUGUCGAGGAAGGAACAGUCUCACACUGCAGAUGACGCCGUCGAAACUGGUCAGUCUUUCCCAGAUUACAAUUGCAACAAAAGUGGAGAGUCAUCUGUCAAGAGCACGCCGCGUGGCAUCCUAGGCGCAUUGCGGAACUUCCAGCACAAGGAUUCUUCAAGGGGGAUGAGUGACCUCUCUCCCUCGCCUGCUUUUUGCCACACGCCCUCAUCAUAUGAGGCGCCGUCUGAGGUAGCGUCUCAAAGAUCUGCCCUAGAGGAUCGUUCGAACAUGGCUAUGCAGCACUCCAUAAUGGACAGGAUCUCAAAGACGUUCCAAUCGCGACGAUAUGGUGACUUCUCCUUUGACUCGAGUUCAAGGCGACGUCGACGCAAUGGUAGGCAUUCCUCGGUGUGCAUGUCAUCGGCAGAAUCAACUCCUCUCUUCAACGCUUUACCUCCGAAUGAAGGACAGGUGCUUGUGGGCGCACAGUCCCAGCCUGGCUCGUGGAGGAGUACGCUCGACCCUUUGGCAACAGCGAGCCUGAUGCUCGCCACCGGUGAGCUCGACAGAUUGACGAAUCGUCCAGUCUCGAACCGAAGCUCCGAAAUACUUGGCAGUGGACAGUCGUCAGCCUGCGGCGUGCCUCCAAAUUCUCCUGCAAUGAAGAGCUUGACAUCAGCAAACCCUCCUCUCGGUGCAGUAUGCACAUAUUCGGGGCUGGGUCCUGGGAGUCAGAUUUCGCACUCUGCUCUGGCAAGUUCUCCGACACACGUGGAGUAUAGCCACAUGAAAGGCGAAAAUUCGGCCCCUACUGCUGAUUCCGCCGAUCAAGCUCUCGAGAAAGCAACUGUGACACGGAACACGUCAUCAAAGGUUUCUCAAUCGUCCGCAAGUGCCCAACGCUCGAGGCCGCUGGGCGCCGUUGAGCUGAAAGCCCCCACAGAUGAAAGUGGAAGGCCGAGAACUCAUGAAAACGCCGCCAAGACUCUCCGUAACGGAAUACCGACGCCUCAGAACACACGCGGGCUGUGGUGUCCGCCACGUAAGAGCCCCUCGCCGCCGAGACGACAGUCCAUGUGGAGUCCGGGCUCACCAGCCGGUCAGUCUGAUGCGUGA